AUGAAAGAAAAUCCAACAAAAAUGGUCACCGUGAUCAUGGCCCUAAAGUACCAAGACAUUCUAGAACUGGCCAUUCUAUUGGUCAUAACUAUGGUCAACCAAUUAGUACUCAUUCAGUUGGCCCGGCUAAACCUGGCCACACUAAUAGACCUAGACCAACAAGCACAAGUAUUACUGAGCAAUGAUUUUAAUUCAGAUUAUUACGGAAUGAUAUCGCUGGGCACUCCACCACAAACAUUCAAAGCAAUGUUUGACACGAGCAGCUCCGACCUAUGGGUGCCGUCCAUAAACUGUCAAACCGGGUGCGCAAAUACCGUUGAAUACAACUCCGCGCUGUCGACCACAUACCAGGCCAACGGCACCGCCUUUUUCAUUGGCUACGGCGAUGGCAGUAAUGUUACUGGUAUUAUAGACCAAGAUGUGUUGAACUUUGGAGUACAAAACCAAGGAUUUGCCGAAAUCACCAUGCUCAAUAACCCCGAUUCAGUCUAUGACGGUAUACUAGGCAUGGGCUACCCGUCACUGUCCGACCUGGGCACUACACCGCCGUUUAACAACAUGGUCAAUCAGGGAUUGGUAGCCCCGGUAUUUUCCUUCUACCUGAACCGCGACAUUAAUGGCCAACCGGGCGGUGAACUACUGCUGGGCGGCCCUAGAUCCCGCCCACUAUAUCGGCGACCUCACGUACGUUAG